CACGUGACUGCCAGGCUCGGGUCGAGACCGCAGCAGCGACUGUAGGAGUCGGAACCUGGAGACCCGAGCGGGCAGAUCUGUCCCUGGCGCACCCCUCGCGCACUCACCAUGGAGAUGCAUUUCAUCUUCUCAGAUAAGGUGGUGCUUCUGUUUGAUUUCUGGAGUGUCCACAGUCCUGCAGGCAUUGCCGUUUCGGUGUUGGUGGUCCUGCUGUUGGCCAUGUUAUACGAAAGCAUCAAGUUUGCCAAGACCAAACUGCUCUACUGGACUCUGGUGAACAUGCCCACCUCCACCAGCGAGCGGCUCGAGGGGACAGACCAGGAUUCUUCAAGCUCAGAGUCACUCCCAGUCAGCAGACCGCGCCUCAGGUGGUGGUUGUCUCACUUUGGCCUGUCUCUAAUCCACAUUGUUCAGGUGGUCAUCGGCUACUUCGUAAUGCUGGCUGUUAUGUCCUACAACACCUGGAUUUUCCUUGGCGUGGUCCUGGGCGCGGCUGUGGGCUACUACCUCGCCUACCCGCUUCUCAGCAUAGAGUAGCCGGCAAGGGCCGUGCAGGCGCUGAGCACUGGUGAAAGCUGGGCGCCCCCUCCAGUCAUUGCACUUCAGGCCCGAGUCUCCUUUUUCUUCUGAUGGAUGGUCCUCACCUCCCUCCCAGCUCCUAGAAAUUUUCAGCCGAAGCCAGCACUUGCUCCCUGGAGUUCAGAGGCCACUGCAGCUACCUCUCCUCAGACAGCCCACCCAGGGCUAGUCUUGCGCCUUAGCGGGCUGCUGUGACUAACAGAAAGUUCUCCGGGAGAACAGAGAGAACAGAGCCCGGAGGCAGGAUUGCCGAGCCUGUGCUGACUUACCUGUGACUCAAAACUUAAGAAUUUCCAAAGAUCUCCAAGACCAGGAGACAGGUUCUGGGCAAAGGGCUCGGAGCCCGGCCACCGUCCGCUCUCCUGACUUGUGCCUUACCUAGAAGAGUGUCUUCCCUUGCACGUCCUGUCCUCUCCUGUCUUUGGAGGACAGAGGCCAAGCUGGGUCCCUGUUUUCACCCUCUGCCUUUGGAACAUGGGAAAAUUGUUUCUUCUCUUUAUGGAUCACGCUGACAAACUAAGAUUUUUCACUUUUCCCCAGUGACCUCUUGGUUGGCAACUUUGCACAUUAAUACAAACAAAAAUUUUAAUUAAAUUAUAUCAUUUCAUUCACGAUGGAUGGCAGCACUUGUUGGGACCGGUUUCCUUUUUUCAGGGGGAGAGUGAGUGACAGCAGAUUAAAGGCAGAGAAGCAUGACUGCAGCCAAGACUCCUGCGGAGGGAGCAGGGAGUGAGCUCCUCCUGUCGGGCACACUGCGGGGGAGGGGGGGUGUGGGGUGGGAGGAGACAGCCUCCUGGCUGCAGGUGUCUGGGGCCUCUCCUUAAUGCCCCCUCUCAUCCUGAUCCUUCUUUUAUGCACAACAGAAGUGAACUGAAUGAUACUUAAUGCUUUUUAUUUAUUACUUGUUGCUCACCCAUAACAAAUAUGAUUCAUUCACUUAAAACACCGAGUAAGCCAUAGGGUGGGGGGCGGGUGAGGGAGGGGCAUGACUGAAGAUGCAAUAAGCAGCCAAACCAAAACAUUACAUUUGGAGAGAGAUGGGACUCUCAGAUGCUCGAACCUCUUCACUUUCCAGAAAAGGCAACAGGAGACUGAGGAACAAAAAACCACUUCUGUGUAUUGUAACAUCUAGGCUUGAAUACCUCACGGGCUAGAUGAAAGAUGGUCUUAAGCGUUUGGAAUUAAAAAAAAUAACUUUAAUAAAUAUAUAUUUUUAAA